UUCACACCGGGACCGAUAACACCGUGAGAUCUGACUCCAAGAGCGAAAGAAAGGGCUGUUUCAUAUUCGGACCAUGCAGAGUUGCCUGCCCGGAGUGGGGAGAAGUCUGUGUUUGGCUUGCAGGCAAUUUACACCUGUGAAUAAAAAUCUCUCUAGGUUACAACCGUUUGCCUGUAUCCUAGCAACACAACAACAUAGAAAAAUGGCGUCUGCAAAGAUUGGAAUGGCUAAUAGACUCAAGGGAACAGAGAAGAACAUAUGGGUAGAGUUUGGCAAACUAGCCGCAGAACAUCAGGCCCUAAACCUUGGUCAGGGUUUUCCUGAUUUCAAACCACCUCAGCACAUUAUUGAUGAGGUAGUUAAAGCUGUGAACUCUGAUAAUGCUCUUCUAGCACAGUACGCACGUAGUUAUGGACACCCACGACUGGUCAAUGUCUUGUCCAAGCUGUACGGCCCUAUUAUGAACCACACUAUCAAUCCAAUGACAGAUAUCACUGUGUGUGUCGGUGCUUACGGUGUCCUCUUCUGUGCUGUCCAGGGAUUGGUCAAUCCUGGUGAUGAGGUGAUCAUUGUUGAGCCCUACUUUGACUGUUAUGAACCCAUGGCCAUGGUAGCUGGGGCAACACCGGUGUUUGUACCUAUCAGACCAAGCAAAACCGGUAGUAUGUCCAGUGCAGACUGGAAGCUUGAUCCUGAAGAGUUGGCCAGCAAAUUUAACAGCAAAACAAAAGCUAUUGUCAUCAACAACCCUAACAACCCCAUUGGCAAGGUUUUCCAGAAGGAUGAACUCCAGGUGAUUGCUGACCUGUGUAUUAAGCAUGAUGUUAUCUGUAUAGCUGAUGAGGUGUAUGAAUGGCUCAUCUAUGACAACUGUAAACAUGUCAAAAUUGCGUCACUACCUGGUAUGUGGGACAGAACUGUUACUAUUGGCAGUGGAGGUAAAACCUUUAGUGCUACAGGCUGGAAACUUGGCUGGGCCAUAGGACCUCAGAAACUCAUUCAGCCAAUGCAGAUCCUACAUCAGAAUUGUAUCUACACGAGUCCAACACCAUUACAGGAGGCUGUGGCCGCUGGUCUGGAGUAUGAGUUAGAUCUUAAAGACAAGAAUCAGCUAGAUGAUUGCUACCUUUAUUCUCUUGCCAAAGAAACUCAGCCUAAACGUGACAGAUUGGCUGCCAUGUUAGAGGACAUCGGUAUGGAGGUGACAAUGCCAGAGGGUGGUUACUUCCUUAUGGCGGACAUCUCCAAACUUAAAGACAAAUUUCAGGUACCCGAUGAUGGCAGUAGCGAUCCUUAUGACUAUAAGUUUGUUCGUUGGAUGACGGAAACCAAGAAAUUAGCAGCCAUUCCGCCAUCUGCCUUCUACUCCAAGGACCAUAAGAAUCUAGGAGAAAACUUUCUAAGGUUUUGCUUCAUCAAGGACAAUGAAACCCUGAGGAAAGCAAGCAUUGUCUUUAAGGAAUGGAAAGAGUCGCUUUAAGAGGCUGAUGAUACUGGAGUAUACUCAUCACUCCCUGAGGGAGGGACCCAACACCAUUUAUAUGAAUAUACUUAAUGGGUACAAAAUUCGGUAUAUAAAGUGAACUUUAGGGGAUGGUAUAAAAUGUAGACAGACAGUGUUCAUUUCAGAUGUAGCAGGCUUUAUGAAAUUUAUUUUUCUGUUGGAAGUCAUGAAUGUUCAACCUUUUUUUGGUCUCUAAAUAGUGUUAAACUUUAACAGUCCUGUGAUCUGAGCAGUCAUGUGACCUGUUCAGUCCUGAGAUCUAAGCAGUCAUGUGAUCUGAAUGGUCCUGUGAUGUAGAGAAACUUUAUAAAACAUAUCGUUGGCUCAGUCUAGCUUGUAGCAGAGGAACCCUUAAAAAAGGAUGUGGUAGAAAAUGGCAAUACAAUGUAUUUGGUUUUACCAAGAAUUGGCAUGUACAGUGUAUUUAGGCUAAUGUUGAAAUUUGUUGACAAAGGUGAGCUGGGCCCAGUAUCAAUGUAUCACAGAUGAUAUCAAACUUAAAGUAAUUGAGAUUAUGCUUGUUUUACUCCAGUCUUGAUGUGCCAUGCUAUUUCUUUGUCUAGAAAGUCAUUAAUUUUCCAAUGUCAACUAAUUUUGAGUAAAGUUAGAGUUGGCAACAUUUGUACAUUCACAGAAGUCUUCAUAGUACACAGUGUUUAAUAAUAUAUAGAUAUGUUGCAUCGUAAUGUAUAAACAUGACAGGACGAAAGGUGAUAUGACAUUACACAUUUUAUGGUAACUAGCAAAAGUUACUGCAAACGGAAAAAAUUCUGAACAUAAAUUUUGCUGUGCAUUUAUUUUAUGCAUUUGUGUUUUUACUGAUUUUGAUAUAUGGUUUAUAGAAGUUUUGCUCCCAUAACUGGGUUGUUAAUACAUUUAAGUAGGGGCUGAUGAAGAGCAAUUUGGUAGCUGCUUCCUUAGCCUCCCUUGGAUUUACUGCUGGUGAGGAUGGGUUGUCUCCCCUACAAUGAGAUAACUUGCGACUGCCCGGUGUAAAUGAUAUUGUUUUACAUACUUCGAAAGACUUUUGAUUAAUCAGGUUCAACUCUUUGCUUAUUGAAUCAUUUAGGUACUUCUCAGCACUCUUCUGUACAAUGUACAGGAUGUAGGUUGUCUAUACAUGAGUGUCUGUACCAAAUACUAUUAACUGUAAUCUGUUGUGUACAUUAACACAGAUAUAUUUACUUAUAUCACAGAAUAAAAGAUAUAUUAAG